CUCACCUUUUCCAAGUGCGACCUGAAACAACCAGUGUGCUCACGCUGCGCUCGGUGGCCUAGCCAAUGCAAAUAUGCCACAAACUUUGUCAUUUUCACUCCUCCUGCUGGAACAAGGCAGUCUCCAGAGUCGCGAGCUGAAGCUUCAGAUCCUAAGGUUUCAUCGUUGGUGGGGGGUUAUACACCUAGCCUGCCAAAAUGUCUUCCCGAUUGUCCAUCGCCGUAUCUGCAACAUCCUCAAUUGCGCUUCUUUAUGCAUCAUUUUGCAACCCAGACAUGUGACACCUUGUUUCCCUUCGCUCCGCCGCAGUUCGGCGACCGUCUCAUCAGGACCGCCAUUUACACACCACACUUGCUAUACGCUGCUUUGACGGCUUCUUGCAGCCAUCACACGCGUUUAGUGUUAGAUGAUCCGCAGAGGGCAGACCUCCUCAAGUCGAGGUUUACCAACUUAGCGAUUACGAAUCUUAGGAAAAGCUUGGAAGAGUCUGCCGGAUGUCCAGACUUGUCAUCUGCUUUAACAGCCAUGAUGCUGUGUACGAAUGACGUCUGUCAUGGGGACCGGCAGCUUUGGAAGACACAUUUACAUGGAGCCAGAGAUAUCCUCACCGUCCUGCUCGGAGAUACGACUGGUGUUGAUGAGACCUUCACGUCGUAUCUGGUCAAAUGGUACUCAACUCUGGACAUCGCAGCCAUUCUCUCUGGACGUUCUGACAGCUCUGUGUCAAAUGGCCGAUACUGGCCACUCACAACUAUUGUCAAAACGCUGCACCUUGAUACUGCAUAUGUGGACAAUAUUUGCGGCUACUCGAUAGAGUUAUGGCCGUUUCUCGCUCGUCUAGGAGCAUUGAUUCACAAAUGCGAGUCACAGAUUCGCCUUACCACUGGUGUGGGCAAACCUGGAACAACCGCCCCAGUAGACAGCCGGGGGGAUCUUGAGACCAAAGCAAUCGAGGCUGGCAUCACGGCACUUGUGUAUCGCCCAGCGUCGGAAGAGACCCAUCGGCUGCUCGGAGAACUAAAAGCUGAAGAGCUUCGCUGGACGCACGCCGCCUUCGUCUACACUGCACUUUUACACCUACAUCGCCGCGUCCUGCUUCUUCCUAAAACCCACGAGAAAGUCAGAACAGACAUAACGAACAUCUUAAAUUGUAUUCGACAAAUCAAUUCGGCUUCAUCCGCAAAUAUUCUUAUUCUUUGGCCGAUCUUUAGUACUGGCUGCGACACAGACAUACCGCAAGAGAGGGCUUUUGUUAAAGGCAGGAUGAUGGAGAUGAAGGUCCUCGGUCUGGGAAACUUCUCACGAGCUCACGAUGUCAUGGUAGCAUACUGGGACUCGGGAAGUAGCUUGCACUGGAACGAUUUUAUCGCUCACAAUCACUUCGAUAUAGUUUUGUUCUAA